AUGGCAUCGAUAGAAACAAUCUUACAGGGCUCUCAAGACCUCCCAUUUCCAGCACCGACAAGGCAGGUGGCGGGCCUCGUCAAUGGAGUCAAGACGGACGUGAUGGUCAUGAACUUCAGCGAUAAGAUCAUGGUGACUAUCUCGCAAGAAGGGCGUCUUGCGCAUUGGCUACAUGUUCCCAUGGGGAACGACAACCCGGGGACCGACGGCAUGCAUACAUUCCCUGAGGAUAAAGAUGACAGUUUGUUGCCCCUCAGUGGAUUAACAGCAACGUCUAUUCUUGGUGGCCACGCCCCGGGGCAGGAUACAGUGGGGCAGCUGAUUGCGCGCCAAAUUGCCACUGCAAUUGCCAUGAAGUCUCCUUCCGAAAAGAGGUUGCUCGUGGUUGGCCUCGGCUUAGGGAGUACGGACGUCGACCGAGAUUCGUUCUUCGCGAUCAAUGACUUGAUUUUACAUUGCAUAUAG